AUGAAUGGCAUGCAUACUCUCGGCGGGGUCAUCAAGGAGGUCGUGGUCAAGGGUGUGCAGGGCCUCCGCAUUGCCAAGGCAAGCACCCGUCUGAGGCAAGCAGUGGCUGACUACAAUCAGAACAAGGGCCCAAACCCUGGCCGUGCUGAUGGUGCCCAGCUGGCCAGGAUCAGGGCCGCACUGCAGGAAGUCGUACGGGUGACACCAGCGGCUCUCACGUCUAGACUCCAGCGCCUUACCGGUGCAGGGAAGGCCGCCAAGACGCACACUUACUUUCUGCUUGCCGGUCCCAUCGGCUUGUACGUCAUCACAUCUGCACGAUUUCCUGAGCCUGUACAGGAGGCAUACCUGCGGCUCCUUCAGGCAUGUGGCGACUUGUGGCAGAAGGUGUUAGAAGGGGGUGAGGUGGACGCCCUUGAGCAGCGCGUGGUGGAGGCUGUAUGCCUAGUCGAGCUUCGUCUGUCCGUGAAUGAGAUGGACAUAAAGCUGCACAACCUGUUGCACCUGGUCCUCCUGGCGAGGCACUGGCAUAUCACCCGCCACCUGCCACCAUAUCCACGACUGUGA